AAAAUAAAUUUUUAUCUGUCGUUUUGGACAGUGGCGUUUGAUCAGGAUUGUGUUUUAGUGAAUAUUACUUAAAUUAUGGCCCAAAAUGUUAAUCCUUCUUAUGAACAACAACCCAGCAGUGUUAAACAAAGCGACGAGAGUAAUAGAUUUACUACAGAUAACCACGCAGUCACGAAAAGAUUACAUAAAGAAUUGAUGACUUUAAUGAUGUCUCAAGACAAAAGCGUUUCAGCUUUUCCUGAAGGCGAUAAUUUAUUUAAAUGGAUUGGAACUAUAAUGGGCCCUAAAGACACGGUUUAUGACAAUCAAAAAUACAAACUCAGUUUACAAUUUCCACAAGCCUAUCCUUAUUCAGCCCCUUUAGUAAAAUUUAUCACACCUUGCUUUCAUCCCAAUGUAGACAACAGCGGUAACAUUUGUUUGGACAUUCUCAAGGAUAAAUGGUCGGCAUUGUACGAUGUACGGACAAUAUUGUUAUCAAUACAAGCUCUUCUUGGUGAACCCAACAUUAGUAGUCCACUUAAUUCGACCGCAGCAGAAUUAUGGAAAAAACAGGCGCAGUACAAGAAACAUGUGGAUGAUACUUAUAAAGAGGUUUAAAUCAAAUAAUUAGGAUUGUAAUUUUUUUUUUAUUUAUAAACGACGAUUUUAACGAUUCUUUUUAA